UUGGUAGAGCCAGGCUGCUUGAAAACUCCCAGCCUCAAGCCUCCACCACUCACCAAGCCAUCACCGAUUACAAUCUCUUGCACAAAUUCAUCUGUUCAGUGAUGGCAGAAGCAGUAGCCAUGGUAGUUGCCUCUCCAGUUCUGGAACUCAUGAUCAAGAAGCUGGAUACUGGAUUACGGGAAAAGCUGGGAUUGGUGCGGGGUGUCAACUCUGACAUCGAGAGGCUGCAGAGCGUGCUUUCUACGAUCAACGACGUACUUGAUGAUGCCGAGAGGAGAUCCUUCAGCGACAAGGCUGUGACCGGUUGGCUGAGGAAGCUCAAGGAUGCAGCUUUCGACGCCGACGACGUGGUGGAUGAGUUCCAGUACGAAGCUCUGCGACGAAGGAACCGGAGACGUAACCAACCGAUUGGAAAGGUAAGUGACUUCUUUUCACCCAAUAACCAAAUUGCUUUUCGCCGUAAGAUGGCUCGCAAGAUAAAAAAGAUCAAUAAGAGAUUGGAGCAGAUCGCGGACGAGAAGUCAAAAUUCCAUCUGUCAGAGGGAUCUACCUCAAGAAGAACUGUCGAUCGAGAGACCUUCUCAUUUGUGAUUGAAUCCGAGGUUUAUGGCCGAGAUGAAGACAAAGAUAAUAUCAUAAAUUUCUUGGUCAGUGCGGAUGAUGGUAGUGAUGUCUCUGUGCUUCCAAUAGUUGGAUUGGGCGGAGUUGGGAAGACCACACUUGCCCAGCUAGCUUAUAAUGCUCAGGGGAUGGAGGAGCACUUCGAUCUUAAAUCAUGGGUAUGUGUUUCUGAUGAUUUUAGCAUCAAGGAAAUUAUAAAUAAGAUUAUUCAGUGUGAAGUCCCAAACUUGGAAGCUGCACAGCUUCAGCUGCAGACGAAACUGAGUGGGAGGAGAUUCUUACUUGUUCUGGACGAUGUCUGGAACGAGGAUGAAGCAAAGUGGGAGAGAUUGAAGACUUUACUGAGAUGUGGCAAGCAAGGUAGCAAGAUCGUAACUACAACACGAAGCGAUGUAGUUGCCAGGAUCAUGGGAACGGUGGCUCCGCACAAAUUGCAAGGCCUAACGGCCGCUGACUGCUGGACUCUGUUCAAGCAGAGAGCAUUUGGGCCAGGAAGAGAAGAAGAGACUCCAAGGUUGGUUGAAAUUGGGAAGCAGAUUGUUGAAAAAUGUGGAGGCUUGCCUCUGGCUGCUAAGGCUCUGGGAAGUCUAAUGAGCUGUAGAAGAGGGGAGGCGGAGUGGUUAUACGUCAGAGAUAGCGAACUUUGGAGAUUGCCGGCCGACGACAAUGGUAUAUUACCAGCACUACGGCUGAGUUAUGAUCAUUUGCCUUCUAAUUUAAAGCAGUGUUUUGCUUACUGUUCGAUAUUUCCAAAAGAUUAUAAAAUUGAAAGGAAGAAACUGAUUCAGCUGUGGAUUGCCGAAGGUUUCAUCCAAACAUUGGACGGGGACAUGCAUGGAGAGGAAGUUGGCAACCGAUACUUCAACAGUUUGUUGUGGAGAUCCUUUUUUCAGGAUGUCCAGAAGGAUUGGUUUGACAACAUAUGGUCGUGUAAGAUGCAUGACUUAGUCCAUGAUCUUGCGUGUUCUGUGGCAAGAGAUGAGUCCUCGAUCAUGAAGGUGCGCAUGGAGACAAGGAUUCCGCGUGGAUGUCGCUAUUCCUCAGUUGUUUAUGACCAUACCAUGUCGUCAACAACUUUAAAGGCCGCUUUUGCUGGCAAGAAGCUGAGGUCACUUAUUUCAACCGGGCGAUGGAUAGGGAUUUCUUUUAAAGAAUAUGUCUUCUAUGCGAUGUCAUCUCUCACUCAUUUGCGCGCAUUAGAUCUAUCUGGAAUUCGCAUCCGAGAGUUGCCCUGCACAAUAAGUAAAUUAAAACAUCUUAGGCUCCUUGAUUUGUCGAAUACUGAAAUUGAAGCUUUACCUGGCUCGAUUACAGACCUUCACAACUUGCGGACUUUGAACCUCGCAUAUUGUUUUCACCUAAGAAGUUUGCCCGAAAGAAUAAGUAAUAUGAGCAGCCUCAGACACCUAGACAUCACCGGAUGCGACAGAUUGAUUUGCAUGCCCCGCUGGUUGGGCCGGUUGAGCAACCUCCAAACAAUGACCAUGUUUAUCGUGGGCAAAGAGCAUGGACGUAGUAUUUCCGAGUUGGAGCAGCUAAAUUUGGCCGGUGGUCGUCUACAAAUCAACAGCCUUGCCAACGUGCAAGAUCCAAUGGAAGCCACGAAAGCGAACUUGGCAUCAAAGAUAAACCUGCGUUCGUUGGAAUUGAUGUGGAGUAGGGUCUUAUAUGAAGCAUUGGCAGCAUCCCCUGUAGCAGAGGUGGAGGAAGUACUUGAGAGGCUCCAGCCUCACUCUAAUCUAAAAUGGCUUUCUAUAAUGCACUAUCCAGGCAUCAGGUUCCCAACAUGGAUGACUGGAAUGGAGCUGGCAUCGUCACCGAUCCGCAAUCUAGUUGAAAUCACACUAAGCCAGCUCGAGAGAUGCGAGAGUCUUCCGGCGCUUGGUCACCUGCCGUUUCUUCGCUCAAUCAGUAUAUUUGACAUGAAUGCUAUAAAGAGAAUCGGAGCGGAGUUUUAUGGGAAUGGCGGCAUAUUUCCCUCACUGCGAUGUCUCGAUAUGCGAGGGUUGCCUGAAUUGGAGGAAUGGCCUCCAGAAGCAACGGCAACAGAUGAACAAGUGAUGCCAUUCCCUUGCCUUGAAACUUUUAGUCUAUCUGAAUGCCCCAAAUUGAAGGUAGCACCACGUGUCCCACCAUCAGUCGAGGAGGUUUCUAUCAUGGGUAAUCAACCUCUAUUAUCAGCACUGAGCACUGGAGGAUUGUACAAAAUGAGAAGUUUGACGAUUCUUGAUGAAAGGGAGCUGACCUGUUUGCCCGAGGGCAUUUUGCAGCUACGCAUGCCCUCCCUCAAAAGCUUGCACUUGUAUUGUAGGAGCCUGAAGUCCAUAUCGGGAGAAGAGAGGGAUAAGCAACAGCAGCCUCCCACCUUCUUCAUGAACAUCCAAGAAAUAGAAAUAAUAAAUAAUCGGGAAUUGACUGCUCUACCAGAGUGGCUGGGAAGCCUCACCUCGCUCACAAGUUUUAAGACUUGAUUUUUGCAUAAAACUGGCGAUGUUGCCCAAUAGGCUGCAAUGCCUCGCAGCACUGGGAAAGCUGGAUAUCAUAUUUUGAUGACCCACGCUGGCAAGGCGAUGCGAGAGGAAGAGAGGCGAGGACUGGCCCAAAAUCGCUCACAUCCCACACAUCUGCAUCGUCCCAGACGGAGAAAGGAUAGAAGGAAGAGAAGAACAUAGCCAAAGAUCUAUUACUAGAUUAAUCAAAAAGUUAAGAUUAACGAACUGCACAAGCCAUGGUUGAUGCGGCAACAGCUAGCGCCAUCCGAUGAUUGGACGAUAUAACAGCUAACCUUUUUAGGCUGAGGUUAGUCCACAGGAAUGUGAGAAGCUGAUUGAUCAACCUCACAAUGUUCUGAAGACUUGGUUAGCAUGCUUGAAAACCUCCUAUAGAUCCAGAAACUGUAUAUGCUUUGUUGCGCUUGUCUUGGAAAUAUAAUGCCAAAAUAAGUGAUGCAAUGACCAGCGCAAGAAUGUUGAUAGAGGACAGGUGCACCUACUACUGGCAUCGGUCAGAGACAAGGGAUGCAAUGGAAUUGUAUGUUCCAAUGCGGUUCAUGGGAUUAACUCCUUGAUUGUAGAGCCACAAACAAUAGUUUCGGUUUAUAUAGAUGGAGAUGGACUGUGCAAAGAAAAUAGAAAGUUCAAUAGUUUGUGGAGGUGUAUGUGCAAGGGAGCAGCAAGCUUGCAAGCAUACUAAUUGCAUUCUGAUAAAGUGGCAGUUUGCUUUUUGCUGUGUUACCAUGAACUUGAGAAAAAUAUAUUUGUAUACUAUAAGUAAA